UGUUAACAAUCACAGUCAGCAGACUAGACUACAGCAGAGCAGAUAGAGAUCAUAGUGAUGCCGCUUUCGUUUCGACAGUCUGUCGUCGAGAAACAUCGAGAAAGUGCAUACAUACUCACUAAAGUAGUAGGACCUACUGUCGCGGUGUAAGAGUUAUUGUGCGGCAAACCGCCCAUUAUCAUAGCGGAUGGAAUAUUGGAAUAAUGCCGCGACGCACCAAUAAACUUCGAUAUGGAGAAUGAAGCGAGUUGGCAGUAAAUUCUGUCCGUCGAGAAUCAGUCCGUAAUUAUAUUGGAGCUUACUUUUGACUUUUCAAACCACUUUUAUUACUUUGGCUGUUCUCUUUGUUUUGGCUGUUAACCCAACUGCUGGACUGGACACUGUCAUUCGCUCUCUGUCUCUCUUGUAACAUCGAGUUUCAGCGUUUUUUCUAGGCUAUUUAUGGUUUAUUUGAAUAGUGACAUGAUAUAUACAAUAAACAAUUAUCUGAAGCUUUGCACAUUGUGUAUGGCCAUUUUCAACACCUGUCCCUGAUGGACUUUUGAAAGGCUUCAUGAGAUUGAAGAGCACUUUCUAGGACUGUUCAGUUUUAUAGACCUUAUAGGACUUUGGGAAGUUAGAAUAGGACAGGAGCCACCAUGGGUGUCAGGCAGAGUAGCGCUGUGGCUCAGAGUCGAACCCGGGCGUAUUCUAGCCCUGUUGAACCCUCUGAAAGCAGCACUACCCCAGAGUUCAGAUACACAGCCGGGCCUGAUGGCCCCCGAAUUCACUACCUCGGAGGGACCCGACCCAGCUCCUACCACCAGACGGGGAUGAGUAUACCCCAUGGUGGCCAGAGCAGAUCUGAGGUGUUAAGUAGCAGUCUGGACCUGGCGGAGACAGACGGAGACGGGGAGAGAGGAGGAGAACACCGGCUGAUGAUUGGCUCUCUACCACUUCACCUGUCCCCUCACCUACUGGGAGGCUUUCUCUGUCCUGUGUGCAGUACAUUUGUGGCAUCAGAUGUGAUGGAGAUCCAUCUGAUCAUGUGUCUCACCAAAUCACGACUCCGCUACAACGAGGACGUUCUGGCGAAAGAUAGUGGGGAGUGUGCCAUCUGUCUAGAUGAGAUGGAGCAGGGAGACACCAUCUCUAGACUCCCCUGUCUCUGUAUAUAUCACAAAGGGUGUAUAGAUGAGUGGUUUGAGGUGAAUCGUUCGUGUCCAGAGCACCCCUUGGACUAAGGGCUCAGAUACCCACAGCAUGUCUACCAUCUAUCUACUUCAUCCACGUCGUCAUGACAUGCUGACCUAUGAAUCUACUUAAUCUAGAUCUACGUCUGACCUGCUGGUCUGUGAAUCUACUUUACCUAUAUCUACGUCUGACCAGUGACACAAGCCUGUGAAGUUUAGCCUACUGUUUUGUAGGUCUGGGAAUUGCCAGGAACCUCACGAUACGAAAUUAUCACAAUACUUACAUGUCUUUUUUGGGGGGGUUGAGUCAUUUAGCACAGUGGUUCCCGGGGGGGCGUGGGGGUCUCAGUCCGGCUUUAAACUUACUCUUGAAAGUUGUAAUAGUAGAAUGCACA